AUGAUGCGGAAGUUUUUCUGUAAGAAACCGACGCCACCAUCACAGCAACAACAACAAAAACAUCAACAACCGCAGCAAACUGAGCCAACAUAUCCCAGGACGACGUCGCCUUUGGAUAUUCUUGAGUUGCGGGAGCACAUAUUCUCGUACUUAGAUAACGCCGACCUCCGCAGAUCUGUCCUGCCUGUCUGUCGCGAAUGGUUCUGGAUCUAUCGUCACCUCUUCGAGAAGGAAACCGUCUGGGACAUCGACCUCACGAGCACUCCCCUUUCCAACAAGACAAUCAAGAACAUCACCGGUUCAGGGCGACUCCACUGGCACUACGGCCCAAAGUGCAUCUCGAGCCGUCUUGCUCGAAAUCCAAAGCAGAAAGUGCAAUGGAACGAGCUUGUGCGGGCGCUGGAGAAGAACCAUACUCGAUACCUGCAGACAAGGCGGCGCCGAAAAACAUUCCACCGCAAGCUCUUGGACGACGUCAGCACAGCCAUCUUUGACAACCCGCUUCGACACUUCGAUUUCAUCGCCUUUCAAAGCCUCGACUCACUUAUCCCGACCAUCUUACCCUUCUUGACUUUCCUCACCACCCUGCGCCUGCGGUCUCGCGCCUUUGGCCUAGUCUCCCUCAAUGCAGUCCUGGAGGCAUGCCCACUCUUAGAGACCUUUCAAGCAGGGGUACUGGGGGUGAUCUUGGAGCUCCCUGGACCAUGGAUACCCGCCAACAAGAAGGACUCCGGACCAGUUCGUUUACCACUACGAUCCUUUGAACUCGAAAACGCUACAUUCGAGUAUUCGAACCUUACAAGUCUGCUCACUGUCUGCCCAUCGCUCAAGAACCUUCGACUCAUCAACAUCAUGUUCAUGGAACGCAUCGACAAUCAUCCUUCAACUCUGGAGACGCUCCAAGGGAUCGAUUCUGUCUCUGCGCCAUACAUCACCCAGCGGGUUAUCAACCCCAAAGACCACGCCACGAGUCUCUUGGAACACAUCAAACAGCUUCGACUGCAGUUACGUUCAUUUCACAUAUCAGUCUAUGCUGCGCGCACUCUGGAUUUGAAACCCGGAGCGAUCUCGUCAGUUUGCCCCGAGGCGGCUGAGUGGACAUUUUGGACCGUUGGCCUUACUGACACGAUUUCUAAGGAACUGGCGUUACUCACCAACAAUGUGACAGCGCUAGACUUUCUGUGGGACGCGGGCUCAAACGGUCGUUGGGGUAUUACGUUGCACCAGUACCUGUGCCAAUCGCCUCAUCUCCUUCAUCUGAGGGCGCCCAAGACCAGAUUCCAGGUCGAGCACUUGGAUCUGCACAAUCGACUGUCCAUACCCGUAGAAGUCGACGGAUCGCGUGUGGUUCCUGGAAUAUGGCGCUGCAGGAGGCUCAGGACACUCCAGGUCAGCCUGGAGUGGAACAUCCACUAUUACGAGAACGGCCCUACUGCUACGAGGAUUGUCUUUGGAUAUCUUUCACGGGUUUGUCCUCAGCUGGAGGAAUUACACCUAAGUUCAAAGAGGCGAGACAUGUACGAGAGAAAGCUCUUGUUGUGGUUGGAAGGUGGUAUUUGUCUGUUGGCGAACUUGAGGCAUCUGAAGAGACUUCACGUCGGCUCUGGCUACCACCAUUUCACUUCCGAGGCAUGGGAAUUAAGCUGGAUGACGCCUUCUGGCCUCAACCUUGACCAUCGACGAGCACGCCAGGCCCGCAUGGUCAGCUGGGAGGCUGAUAUUUUGCAAGAGGAACGUGAUGAAUUGGGCUCCACCCGAGCGGAAGAGGGCGCAGUUGGAGGGUUGAUUGGGAUAGCAGCUAGAGAUACUGCCUUGGAGGAGGAGCUGCGAAACCUAGGCAAAAAGGCGGACGUCAAAUCGAUGCUGGAGCAGAUCGACUCUGGCCGCUUCCGCGAGGUCAUCUGGGACACCGGAGUCGAUCCAACGUGUCAGGAAGCCAUCGCGUCGCGACUGUUGGGCGCCGGACGGUUAUGGUGGUAUUCUCGACGGCAUCCGACAGGGACCCUGGCGGGCCCGGAUCGGUGGGUGGCCCUUGUCAAGGCGCUCAAGUAG